AAUUUGCCAAGUUAGUAGGAAGAGGCAGGAGGAUUGGACGAGCCGGGUAACGUGCCCGAGGUGGCCCGACUGAGUCUUGCCCUAGCCUUGGCCAAAGGAGCCGCUCUGACGGCCGGCAGAUGACCGCCCAGGUUACAGUGCUGUAUUUUGCCAAGAGUGCUGAACUGUCGGGAAUUAAAUCUGAAGUGCUCUCUGUACCACAGCAACUCACUUCUUUGCAACUAUGGCAGGAAAUUGUUAAUGAGCAUCCAAGGCUUGGUACCAUAAGAGAUCAUGUCAUUCUUGCUGUUCGUCAGGUAUACAUCGUCCUGGGAGAUCAGCUUCUGUUCCUCGAGCCAGGCGACGAGAUUGCCGUCAUCCCCCCCAUCAGUGGGGGCUAGUUCCUGGCUCACAUACGCAGUUACCAUGUGCGAACUGGAAGACCAACCAAAGGAUUUGAUAAAAGUGACUUAUGAGAAGCUUUCCACAGAUGAAGUAGCAGAAUCAGUAAAAUCUCCAUCUUGUGGAGCUGUGUCUGUGUUUAUCGGUACAACCAGAAAUAAUUUUGAAGGAAAGAAAGUAGUCCGACUUGAAUAUGAAGCUUAUAUUCCGAUGGCUGAAGUUGAAAUAAAGAAGAUCUGCAGAGGUAUUAGAAAUCGUUGGCCAGCGAUUCAUCACAUCAACAUCCAUCACAGACUUGGAUUAGUUAAUGUGACUGAAGCAAGUGUGAUCAUUGCCAUCUCUGGUCCGCAUAGAAAUGAAUCCCUUGAAGCAGUGAAAUAUUGCAUUGACACUUUGAAAGCCACCGUGCCUAUAUGGAAGAAGUGUUUGAGGCUGAAGUGUGACCCGAUAUAUACAAUUAGAAGAAGCUUUGAUAAGGAGAUCUAUGAUAAUGAAGAAUAUAUCUGGAAGGAAAAUAAGGAGUGUCAAUGGGCAAAAAAUAACUAGAACUAACUGUAUCUCACUGUAUUCUUGAAAUAAACAUCAUGCUGUGUGUUUGUCAAAGCAUUUAAUAUCAUGAAUUGAAAUAGCAUUGUUAUGCAUUAAUUGAAACUGAUAAUGUGCUUUUUGCACAAUACUGAUAAGUGCAACUAAGGACAAUGAUGGGUGUACAUUUUGGAAUAGAAUGAAGUAAAUUGUACCUUGCAUUUUCAUGAUGGAUAAUUUCUUGAUGAAACUAGUUGAUGCCAAUAAAUUUGUACUGAUUUCCAGCAUUUCUGGAAUUUUAAUUUAUAUCUAUGAAUGGACAUGUGCAGCAAUAUUCUUCAUUAAUUCUGACCAUAUUAAAUUGAAGAGAAGACUAUGCCAAUUUUAGUGUGAACGGUGUCAUCUUUUUUUCUUGGAGUAAAUGAGGAACUGCAGUUGCUGAUUUACAAACAAAGACAUUAAGGGCUGGAGUAACUCAGCAGGUCAGGCGGCAUCGCUGGAGAACGUGGUUGGGCGUUGUUUGCAUCGGGACCCUGUAGAUUAAUUGUAGUGGGAGGGGGGGGUGGUGCUGGACAAGUGGUGGGGCUGAAACAAAGACUGGCAAGUGAGAGGUGAAUACAGGUGAGGUGGGUAGGGGGUUAAUUGGCAGAAGGUUGGACAAAGGCUAUAAAUGAAAAGAAACAAAGCCUGUAAGAUAAGGAGAGACAUGGAGUGAAAUGUUCCCUCCUCUUUCCUCCCUGUGCCACCACACCCAGAGGCUCUCAUUUCCACUGUUAUCCUAUCCCCCUUGCCUGUUUCAUCUAUAUCCGUUCCUCUGGCUUCACAUUUCACCCCCCAUUCUUUCCUCUUCUCAGAGCCAGCCCACUUCAUUAACUUCUUGUGAUCCUGAGUCAAGUCUCUCUGUCGCUGAGUGGUCUGUCCUCACCAGAGGCCUCGUCUUUGUACCCCGCGCCAGCACCUCAAUGAGUUCUGAGUUUGUCAUGAUAAUUCGGCCAUUCAAUGUGAUCAUGGUGAUCAUCCCCAAUCAGUACCCUGUUCCUGCCUUCUCCCCAUAUCCCCCGACUCCGCUGAUGUUGAGCUCUUCUUCCCUUGAGUCUUUCCGCCCCAACUGACGACCCUUUCUCCUGUCUCCUCUUGCUCUUGGCCACCCACUUCUGGCCUUUUACAGUCUCUCAUCCUUUUCAUUUCCUACAGCUGACACUGGGCAUCAAUCUUGAUUAAUCCACUUCCUUAUCCCACUCCAACCUCACAUGCUACAAACUUGCAGGUCUCCAUUCCCUCUGCUCCAUUUUCAACCUCGUCAUCAAAUUUAAUUCAAACAAAGUGUCUCAACCCAAAUUAUUGACUGUUCAUUUCCCUCUGCAGAUGCUACCUGAAUGCAAAAAACCUCCAGCAGUUUUUAUUUUGCUUCAGAUGAUGGCAUCUGCGGUGUCUUGCUUCUGUUAUUUGGACAAUGCUGGAAAGUAGAUAAACUGUGACCUCUAGUGGUAUCAAUCUACAUGUGCAUUCAGAUAUACAUUCACACCGAAAUACUUCAUUGUAUUUUCAAUAGAUAACAGUAACUUAUCUAAUAAAAGGCCUGUUCCACUUGGGCGACUCUUUAGGUGACUGCCAGGGACUAGUUUAAUUGGAAUUCACCUAGGACACCUGGCGGCAACCUACGACAGCAAAAAUUGUCGCCACUGUCGCUGAAAAAUUUUCACUAUGUUGAAGAUUUUACGGCAGUCGCCUGUCAUUGCCCAAAAAUCACCUAAGUGGGACAGGCCCAUAAUCGAUGUUGGACAAAAACCUAUGUUUGUAGUAAUAGUAAACUGGGAACACUUAAGACUGAAUGACAUUUAGCAGAAUUUAUUUAAUUUAUGUUAUGGAAUUUCACAAACACUGCAUUUGUUCAAUGUAUUGAGAAAUGAUUAUAUUAAAAUCAUGUAAUUGACA